UUUGCAUGUGGUUACUUUCAGGAUAAGACGCAAGUUUAGAUGUCAAUCUGUUGAUUAUUCGGCACAAAACCAGGAUGCCGGUUCUGACGAGCCCAGACGACGCAAACAAGUUUAAGGAGAAAUGGUUGCCGGUGUACCCGGAUGAUCAGGUCAUCGCAUCCGACUCGCCCCCUCUUGAUGAUAGCCUCACCAGCCUCCACUGGCUCCAGAAUUUUUCCAUCGUGAGCGCCGACCCGGAGCGCCCCAGCGGGGCCGCGGCGCAGGGCUGCUGCUCCUCCUCCUCCUCCUUCCCCUCCUCCCAUCAGCAUCUUUUUCUCAAACGCUUUCCCAGAGGGGGCACCGACUCCCCCUCCAGUCCACCCGCCGGGGACACGGCCGCCACCGGAAUGCCUCUUUACCUCGGCAGCCCGGUCACUUCCGGGAGUGACUCCACUUUGGCUCCACGCUUCUCCACUUUCGCGCAUCUCGGCAGCGCGUACCAGUCGAUCCCGAUCCAAGCCACUCCACCGGCGGAGGUCGACUACAAGACGAACCCAAAAGUCAAACCGCCGUAUUCCUACGCCUCGCUUAUCUGCAUGGCCAUGGAGGCCAGCAAACAACCCAAAGUGACUUUAUCCACCAUCUACAACUGGAUCACGGAGAAUUUCUGCUACUACAGACACGCGGAACCCAGCUGGCAGAACUCGAUCCGCCACAACCUGUCCCUGAACAAGUGUUUCAAGAAGGUCCCCAGACAGAAAGACGAACCUGGUAAAGGAGGCUUCUGGCAGAUCGAUCCUCAGUAUGCUGAUAUGUUUGUCAACGGCAUCUUCAAACGUAGAAGGAUGUCUGCAAACAGCUACAAUAGCGCGAGUGCUCACAGACAAAACAAAUUGGUUCCAAGCAGCCACAGCACCCAGAACAGCUGCCCUUAUCAAAAUGGCAAGGAUAUAGGCAGUAAGAGGAAGAACAACAGCAAGGCAAUAAGUGAGACCGAGUCCCCUCUUUUGGCAACGGAGGCCCCACAAGCAGACCUCCUGAGGGGGGAUUUUGACCUAACGUCCAUUUUUGAUGACGUCCUGAGCGGGAACUGUAGCACCUUUGAGGAUUUGGACCUGAACACAGCGCUGAAUUCGCUAGGCUGCGAAAUGGAGGUUACCAUGCAAGGGAGGCAGCAGUCGAGCGGGCUGGGGCACUGGUGCGGCGCGGGGGACCUCGUGGAACCGACCCAGCACCUGAACCACUCCCAGUCAUCCUACGCCUACCUGGACAUGAGUGUCGCCUCGGCCGUCGACAUGGCGGAGGUGCACGCACCGCCGCAGCAUCCGCAGCAGCUGGACGGACAAGAUCAGCUCCUGCAGAGUCAAAAUCUGCUUCAGAAUUUCGAUGAGGCCUCCUCGCUGUUCCAGGAGCAGCCGGAGGAGGUGGUGUCCUGGGAGGAGAUCAAGGAGGAGGUGCAGGCCAUUCCACUGACUCUGGAUCAGAGCUUUGGCCUGUAUGAGGGCUUCUUUAUGGAGAUGCAACCAUGGGAACGGGUCGAGGCCUAUCUGUGAUCAUUGACUUCCAGUUCCAUUUCUAUGCGACGGAAGCCCGAUUUCCAGUCCAAGGAUCAAGCUUUUAUUGUCUUUGUAUUCAAACACAAUAACAUCACACAUGUUGACUUUUACUCAGCUUCCCCCCAAAGUAGGGAAAGACUAAUAAUCGUUUAGCAGCAAUCUUGUGGUCUAUCCCACAGUAGAACAUGAAGCAGCUUUGAUUUGAAUGUUGCUAACUGAUGAACCAGGGUGAAAGUUUGAAUGCAGUAAAGUUUUUCAAGAAGCUGUACGGAAGGAUAUGAAGUGCGGUGUGUUUCAUUGAACUGAAAUGGACUGCAGCCAUUUUUUUUUAACUACAUCUGAAGACUGACUGGCAGGACCCAACCAUCCAAUACUCGAAAAGCACUCUGUACGACUGAGCACUGUCAUAGAAGUGAGAAAACACCAGGAUUCUAUUUUUUUGCUACAUUAGCAUUCAACUGGCUUUCCUUUUAUAAACUAACAAUGCAGCGUAAAACAUGUGAAAUGCCGAUGCUGUGCGAUGAUGAAAGAUGCAGAUAACUUUAAAAUGUAUAGUCGAAAUUAGCAGUCAAGUCACCUCUGGUGUUUCUAUAUAAUAUAUUCACUGCAGUAUAUAACAAAACAGGAACGUUCUACACUGAAAAGGGGUGCAGAUGUCAAAUGGAUUACCUUGUUUGUCAGUCAAACAUUAUGCACUUUGAUCGGCAGCAGCUCCAGAUGUCAAUAUUCGUGAUGUUACGAUUGAUUUUUUUUCCCUAUUAUUCAGUCAAUGUUAGAUGUACUGAUCACAAUGCAACUCUGAGGGCCUGAUUUACUAAGAUUCCCAAAAGAAACGGGCGUUGAAUUGUCUGUUCGCUCUCACAGCUGACGUGCACUGUUGCGGGUGUGUUCUGCAUGAUUUGCUAAGAUUGGGUUCUUGUACUAAGAUUUGAAUUGGUAUCGUUAGCGGAAGGAGCAUGACUGAGUUACAGAAAAUCAAUUUUGCUCUUAUAAUGUGGAGGAAGCCCACAAUUGCGCAAAAGCAAGUUCUUUGAAAUUGCAUGUGUAUGUAUUUAGCCAAACAUUAGCAUUGCAUCUAAAACUUGGGCCGGCACAUGUAAAACCACGCUUGGAAAGCUCAGCAUCAAUUGUCACAGUGCACUGAAAUGACCCACGCGCACAAAAAUGCUGGGAUCAAAUGAGUUUUGGCAUGACUCCUUCUUGUGACUAAGCCCAAGUCCCAACUCUUUAAUCACCCAGAAGUUGCAAAAUCGCAUUGCUGAAUUGUCGAUAGGUCACGAUAAUUUUUGUUGGCAUUUCAAAGAUGUUUAUGCGAGUGAAAAUAUUCUCCCCCGCCACCUCUCAUUUUGCUUCAUGCACCUUUCAGACACGCUAUUUAAAGAUAAUCAGCCAGCGCAAUUCAUCUCGGGAUUGAAAAAAAAAUCACUAAUGCGCCGAUGAAUCAAUUUGCAUUUACUCAUCCAAGAAAAUGCUAAAUGCAUUCUGUGGCCAUUUACCACAUUUGGCAGAUGCAGUCCUGGUUGUGCCUGGUUAGUAGAUCAGUUCCCAUAUCUGUUUGUGCGUGCAAUCAAUUUUUCGCCUGUUUUUGCAUGCACAAAGUAGUAAAUCUUUGCCGAAUCGUCCUUGCAAUAAUGUAUCUGGCAAAAAAAAAAAAGUUGUUUCCUUUGGCUGUAUAUAAAUGUUCUCUGAAUUACAGUUGCAUAGACUUUGCAUUUGUUGAUUAUAUUGCGCCAAAUUCUUUUGAUAAAAAAAAUAUGCAGGUCUUUCUCUGUUGAUUAAUAAUUCUUGUCACUGGGUGAUAAUUUUUCGUUACUUUUUAAAAUCUUUUUCGAAAUAAUUUGGGGUUGUCUUCUGAAUUCUUAAUCACAUCAUUUUAAACGUAGGAGAAUAUUAAUGCUUUUGAAUUGCGAUCAACAGAGUAGUAAUAGAACCAACUCAAAAAAGCCAGUUUGAAUUGAUGUAUGGUAUGGAUAGAUUAUUUUCUUCUUAAAUAUUCUGUUAUUUCCUUUGUACUUUUUUUAAAAAAAGCUGUUUGAACAUGCAACCAUGCUUCGAUGUAUGGUGUCAAUUAAAGAAUGAUAAUUCAA